UAUUAUUGUAAACUUAAAACUAUGGAACCGGAUGGAUCUGAAGAUGUAGGUCAAUCGAGUAGUUUUGUCGAAGAAUCUCAAGCUGCAGUCAACAGUUUAAUUAUAGAUUACUACAAGAAGUUUGGAAGGAAACGGGACUUGGAACAAUUUUUUUCUCUAUCUACUGCCCAAAGUGAUAUCCGGGAUCCGACAAGUUUGUUUUGGAGGAAGAUGAAAUCUCAAACUGAUUCGUCGGAUUCAGGAGAGAAAAAAACUGAAUCGUCUACUGAACUUUGUAGGAUCUCAAUAAAAUGUUCAAUGCCUGAGCCUACAUCUUCACAGAGUGAAUAUAAAACAUACAAGAGUGAUACUGAAUCACCUCCUAUAGUUAAAGAGGAUGUGGUUGCAAAUACUUCUAGAAACUCUGACAAUGAAUCUGUUAAAUCAGAUGAUGUGUAUUCUCAUAAAUCUAUAGAUGGUACAUUAGAUACUUCUACUAACAAGCCACACUCUCCGACAAGCAGUAUUACAUCUCAACGUAAACUCGAAUGGGAUUCGUUAGCUGAUGUAGGUUAUGCUAACGAAAGUGAUAGAAAGAAUUCUGCUUCAAGCUUAAGCACAUUGGAGAGACUUGCUUUACAACAACAAUACUCAAAUAAUGACACUAAACAAGUCUCAGAUUUAGGUCUGCCCACAGCGCAUUCAACACCUAUUGAUGUUAUAGAAAAUAAAGUAAAAAAUAAAAAGGGUUUGCUGACAAAAACAACUAAAAUCUAUAAAAAAGAUGUUGACUCAGUAAAAGUUAACAUUCCUCAAAAUUUAGAAAACAUGCCACAACCUAUUAAUGUUAAUCUAACAAAACAUAUUUCUUUUAAUGUUGAAAAACAUGGUGGUGUCACUGUAGAAAAUGUAUCAAAAAGUGUUUCUUUGAGUCCAGAGAAAGUUUCAGUUGAAACUGAAGUUACAUCACAAGUUAAACUAGACAAAGAGAUACAAACGUCUCUGACAAAAAAUAAAAAAAAAUCUAGCAGUUCUAGUGAUUGCAAGGAAUAUGAUACAAGAAAAAUUCCUAUCCUUAUCAGUUUAAAUACAUUGAAGAGAAAAAAUAGGAGAAGGAAAGUUAUGAGAAUGAAAAGACAGCAUGGUAGAAAGCGGUUGUCAGCUGACAAAAAAUAUAUACCAGUUGAAAAAAGUACCGAGCAAGUGUCUGAAACUGAGAGUUUUGAAUACAUGCCAGGUCAUAUUUAUAAUCAAAAUCAAAUAAAUGAACAAAACAAAGAAAAUAUUGCUUUGGGUAAUAAAUCUAGUUUAGAAUCAAGUGCUGGCCUAACAACAGACUCAAGUAAAACAGCAAUGAAUUCUUUUACAAAAGACUUAGAAACAGGUAUUGAUAUACUUAAAACAGCACUAGAACAUAGAUUUAAUGAUUCAAAAUUAAAAAAGAAACUAAUUAAAGAAGUAGUUCAAAGACUUAUCAAAUCAAAAUAUAAAGAUGAUGAAAGUUCUACUGAAUUUUUAUCAGGCUUAAGUUUUGAUAGCAAGAAAAUAGAUUUAAAUGAUGUUAAUCACACAACAUCAAGUACUUCAGAUACAAAUAAUAUCAAACCAAAUAAACCAAAGAAAUCUAUUUUACGAAUGGACAGAUUUAAUGCUAAUGCCAUAGCUUCAACAUCACAAAGUGUUCCUAACUUACCUAUACUCACAAAGGACGAAAAUUCAAAUACAUCAAAUACCAAAAAAGAUAUCUCUAAUACAGAUACAGACAUAUCAAGCAAGAGUAAAAACUUAUCUGAUACAGGACUUGAUAAAACUUCAUCAGAAGUAUUGUACAAGAAGUACUUAGAUGCAUUAAAGAGAGAAGCAACUCACAAAAAACAUUUAAAAGAUAAAGAAAUAUUUCUAAGACAAAAACUAGUUGGCUCUGAUGUUGCAUUAAAUAUUAUCACUCAAAAGGAAGCUAAACCAAAAAAUCAUUUAAAGGACUUAAUGAAUGAUUUGAUAAGGAAUAACUACGAUGAUGGAUCAGGUGAUGCAAGUAAAUUAGAAGGUGGAUCUAACCCAAACAUACAAAAUAAUAAUUAUGAUUAUUUAAGAAAACAGAGAAGUCAUUCUGUUUUUACUUUGUCAUCUGGCAAUUCAGAUAAAUAUGCAAAAAGAACAAGUGAAAGUAAAAAAAUGCAGAAUUUGGCUGAUACUUCAAAGUGUUUUUCAAAAUCUGAAAAGCAUUAUUGUUGUUGUCCUUACCACACUUCACAUCCUCGUAUUGGAGUGGUUGAUAGCUCUGUACAAGUAAAUAUGAAGAGUAAUGAACUUAUUGAUCCUGAUUCAAAAGCUACCCAAAGCUCACCACAAGAGCAGUAUUACCAAAAAAUAUUGCAGCGUAAAUGUGAUAAAUGUAUUAAAUCACAAAAUCAAACCAAAGUUUUAUCCCAUUGUGCGAAUGAAGACAUCAGAUAUGUUUGCCUUUGCACUGGAGAUGACGUUAUACAAGAAGUACCCGAAAAUAUCCUAAUUUAUAAAUGUUCUAGACUGACCAACAAGUACUUGAAGCUAAGUGAUAACAUAGCAUCGAAAGUAUCUAAUACUGCAAGUGAACAUAUUUCUAGUAACUCUACUACUUCUCAUCAAAAGAUAUCACCAUUCAAUAUUGCUGAUUGUGAUAAAAAGUGUUUGAUUAUACAAGACAGUAACAGUUCUAAUAAUCAAACUUCCAAAUCUUCUCAAACAAACCUUAAUUUACCGAUUAAACUUCAAAGUAAAUCUAGUGAACAAAGUUUGGAUUCUGUAUCAUCCGGAGAAAAAAUAAGUUCUCAAAAAAAUAAACUCGAUAAUACUAAAAAAGUGCCAUUAAAUGAAAAAAGUAGUAAAUUUAUACAUGAAGCUACUCGGUGUAUCCAAACUGAAAUAAGUAUUAAUCCGAAAAUAUCUGAUCCAGGCUUAUCUGAUAUAAAUAUUGUAAAUGACAAAUAUUGUGUUCAAUUAAUAAGUGAGAACUAUAGAGAAGUUUCCCAGCCUACUUCUAGAAGUGAAAUCCUAAAAGACACCAUACUUAGAAGUGGUAGUAGUUCUGCAAAAAGUAGUCCACUGGAAGAUAUAGAUACAAGUAAAUUUGCUUUCAUAAAUGUUAAAGAAAAGGAUACUAAUACUUAUGAGAAAUUCGAUAAAGAAAUUCAAUCAUCUCCUGUUGAUAAUUAUAAUUUACAGGAUGUAAAUAAACAACAGCCUAGUAAAUUUACGAUUCCUAUAAAAGGCACAAAUAUGACUCUUAAAGUGAGCUUAGGAUCUGAUAUUGAUAACAAUUUAUAUCGAAAUAAUACCAAAAUUCUACAAAGUGAUGCUGAAAAUACUACUAAAUAUAUAUGCACUGGAACUGAGACUGAAAAAAAUAAUAACGUUGAAAAUUAUACGUCACUAAGAGAAGAAUGUUCGAAAGCAGUGCAGUCAAUUAAUACAAACAUUUUUAACGAAUUUUUUGAACAACCAAAAUCAACUUUUGGUAAAAAUGAAAAUGUGCUUCGUGAAAAUAGUGGAACAGUUGUGGAAGAAGAUACUGAAGUAUACUCGAAACCUUUCUUUGUAAAUACUUGCCUCGGCGAAGGACGUAGAUAUAAUACGUUUCCGAAAAAUGAUCUAAAAAAUACACAGAAACAUUUGCUUCGUUCGAAUACUGAUACUGGCGAAAUGGAAAAAGCUUGCCAUGUCACAUUUAAUCAGGCUACUAAUAAAGACAAAGCUGUGCAAUCAGAAACUGCCCUUAGCUCACAAGAGCAAUCGGAAGAAUUGAUUAAAACAACUAGUGAAGAAAAAGCGCAAUGUAAUUGUUCAAAAAAUGCUACUGAAAACGAUGUUGAAAGCAAAAAAAGUUUAAACACUGAAGAACAUAUACAAGCAAGAAGUUGUAACAGUGAUAAUGAUAAUGGUUCCAAAACGUCGACUUCAAAGGAUCCAUUGCUUGAUAUGAUACAAGACAUAACAAGGCGAUACUCUAAACAAGAUAUUGCAAAAAGUAAAAGAAAGAAGUGUUUUAAAGAAAUUAUUACAUUUUUGAAUUAUCUUUUGGAUACAGACGAUAAUACAGACUACGAGAAAAAUAAAACUCCGUCGUCAUCGGCCUGUGAAGAUACUAGUGGGACGAAUGAUAAGCUAAUAAAAAAAGAUGAUUAUAAAAAAUCUCCACGAAAGACUUUUGUAGAUAAAGGUAUACAGUUAUCUAUUGAAAAGUCUAAAUCUCAUAAAAUAAGUACAGAUUCGUCCGAACCACUUAUUUCGACUGGAAUUGCAAGUACGUCUUCCGAUUCCGCAACUUGUAAAGUUUUGAAUAAAAUAAAAAGAGAAUGCGAAAAAUACCAUCAAAAACGUUGCAAAUGUCACGGUAAAGAAAAGAAGGGUGUAACAACCAGUAGUACUUCUGUGAAUUGCGAUCAAUGUAGACGUGUCCAUCACUGCUUAUGUAAAGGGCAUAAAUGCAAAAGUCAUAAAAGUAAAAAAUCCUGUGGAAAAGAGAAAAAAUGUGUUGCCUAUAACUUGAUUAUACAAACAUCAGAUAGUGUUUUCAGUGAAGAAAUAACUUGCGAUAAGAAUCGCCAAAAGUUGCAGAAUAUAAUCGUGAAAGUACCGUCGAAACGAAAAGUCGAAAACGCACCGUUUAAAGAGGUGGCUUCAAAAAUUGAAAAAAAUCUGCCCAAUUGUAGUCCGCGCAAUAAUAAUAAUUAUCGUUCAAGAAGUUUGCCGAACGACAGUGAGAUAUCGAGUACAGACGAUUUUUUGAGAAAAUCUCAAGCAUACACAGUCAGGGAAUACUUAGAAAGAAAUCGUCCUGAUUUUGUCAAAAAGUCAACAAAACGUCAGCAUUGCUUGAAGUUGAUUAAUGAAACCAGAGCAAAUGAACGCGAUGCCAAGCGGCAACUGCUAUCACUGCAGUUGGACCGACAACAGGCAUUGAAUGCUCUAAGUGAAACUGAAUUAAAAAAAUUCGCCAAAGUACUGGGCGAUGAGCUUCGGCGAAAAAAAGUUACUCCAAAAUUUAUAAGUGAACGGGAAAUGAAGAUGCAUUCUGAGAAAAUAUAUAAAUCACUCCCUGAAGUUGUGUGUAAAAAGGAAGAAAUUAAAAAAGAAAACAUAAAAAAAACCAACUUGCUAAUGGCAAACAUUUUUAAAAAGAAUCUUCAAAAGAAAACAUUACAAGGAGCUGUAAACUUGUCAAACUACAGUAUGGUGAUAAAAAUUUGACAUUAAAGAAAAUAAAAUUUGUUAUCAAUAAAAGUGUUCAGUGAUUUUUAAUAUUUUUAUAUACCCGUUGACGUCAUUGUUUUGUAAUGAAAUAAAUUUAACGUAUUUUGUCUCUUGUUAUGUACAUUAAUAAAUACAUUUUAUGUA